CGCCGCCCGCCGCGCCCGCGCUGACCGAUGUAUUUGAAGAGGCCGGCGGGCGGCCUCGCCUUCUGCCUCUUCUACCUGGCCUCCAGCUUCACCAACAAGUAUGUCCUGUCUGUCCUGCAAUUUACCUACCCUACCCUUUUUCAAGGGUGGCAAACAUUGGUGGGUGGACUUCUGCUUCACAUCUCCUGGAAGCUGGGCUGGGUGGAGAUAAACUUGUGUUCAAGGUCUGAAAUCCUGUCAUGGCUUCCUGCAUCAGUACUUUUUGUGGGCAUUAUUUAUGCUGGCUCCAGGGCACUGUCUAGAUUGCCAAUCCCAGUGUUCCUCACUGUGCACAACGCAGCAGAAGUCAUAACCUGUGGGUUCCAGAAGUUUGUGCAGAAAGAGCAGACCUCUCAUCUGAAAGUCUGUAGUGUGCUGUUCCUCCUGGCAGCAGCAGUGUGCCUUCCUUUGUGUGACACACAGUUUGAUCCAAACGGAUAUUUAUGGGCUCUAAUUCACUUGAUCUGUCUUGGGGCUUACAAAGUAUUUCACAAGUUGUGGAAACCUGGAUCUUUAAGUGACCUGGACCAACAGUACAUCAACUAUGUAUUCAGUGUGGUGCUGUUGGCCUCUGCAUCCCAUCCAGCAGGUGAUCUCUUCAGUGCCUUGGAUUUUCCAUUCCUGUACUUCUACAGGUUUCAUAGCAGCUGCUGUGCCAGUGGACUGUUGGGAUUCUUUCUGAUGUUGCACACAGUGAAGCUAAAAAGCAGCACAACCUCGGGGCAAUAUGCAGCCUGGAGUUUCCUUGCAAAGGUUAUCACUGCUAGCUUAUCACCAUUCUUCUUUGUCAUGACUGCCAAUGUACUAACAAUUUCUUGCCUUGUGGUUGGUGGAGUUGGAGAAGCACUGCUUGUUUACACUGAAAGGACAGGCACAUAAAGAGGAACCAGAUCUCACCAGUUGGAACCGAGCUGACUUGCAGCCUAGAGACACUAUCAUGAAAAAAGUGGCAGCAGGAAUGAAGAAGUGCAACCAAACAUGAGG